CAAGAGCUAAUCAGCUUAUGGUUUCAGGCAGCCACCAUUUUUUACGGCGUAAAUAACUUUAAACGUUAUUGUUGUGCUUUGAUUUGAACAUUAAGCCAAACAUUUAUAUAUGUCUGAUGUUUUUAGACAAGAAACAAUCCUCUGGCUCCUGUUCUUCGACUGUGGUUUAACAAAGCCCGGAUUAGUUUACAUAUCCCGGAUUGAGCUGGCUCCAUAGGCUAUCUGAAAUUGAUUUUUUUUUCCCCGAUUCUUCCUACACACUACACACCGCUAUCUCGGAUAUAAGUAUCGCUAAUUUCAAGAAGACUGUUUAUUAAGGUUCGUGUGGAGAUUGAACAGUUCCCUAACUAACAUCAUGGCUAAACAACAGCGUGCUGCAUAUUUCAGCCCCAAUGAAUUGCAACUUCUAAUUGAAGGAUAUAACGAAGUUAAACAUUUAAUAAAAACCAAAGGGAAUACAAUAGCGGCUGCAAAAGUCCGUCAGGAUGCGUGGCGAAAAAUAUCUGUCAAAUUAAAUGCAUCCAACCCUAUGGGACCUAGACGAACGUGGCAGCAAGUGAAGACGAAAUACAAGAACAUCGUUCAAAGUGCUAACAAGAGAAGGGCUGCCCUGAAGACGAUGGGACUACUUCCAGUCCCACCAAAAGAGGAGUACAUAGAUCAGGAGGAGGUGGCCCCUGAGAACGAUGUGGGGGAGGGUCCUAUCAUAGAGCACAUAGUUGGCGGAUGCUGCUCUGAACCAGGAGAUGUAGCUGGCUGCAGCAGUUAUGUCAAAGUGACUGAACAUGGAUUGAACCUCCUUCCCCCACCUAUAUUAUCAGAUGAUGAACUAGACUCUGAACCUUUGGAGGAUGUUAAGACCCUGUAUAAAAAGUAUCUUCAAAUCGAGAUCUACAACAGAAAGCAAGAAAUGGCAUACAGAGCUUUAAAAAUGCGCAAAGUGGAGAAGGAAAUACAGUUGUUGGACAGAAAGUUGGAUGUAAGUGAUUGUUAAAAUAAAAGGAAAAGUGUACCUUAAAUGCAA